AUGGGUACAACAUUUGAUGAAACACAAAAGUGGGAAUUACAGAUGAAAAAACAAAAUCCAUGGAAGGAACAGAUGUAUGGUUCUAUCGUAUGUUACACGACAUUGAAAUGUGAUUUUGGUCGUUUGUGUCUCGAUUGGCGAGACAUUUGUGAUGGUAUUCAACAGUGCAUGUUCGGAUUCGAUGAGGAAAACUGUGAUAAGCUCGAAUUCAACGAAUGUGAAAAUGAUGAAUAUCGAUGCACGAAUGGAAUGUGUAUUCCGGAAGAGUAUUUUCUGGACGGUGAAUUCGACUGUUUGGAUUGGAGUGAUGAAAUACAAUAUUAUAGGGAUGAAAAUUGUGCGUUGGAUGGAGUGAAUAUUUAUUGUGAUGAUCGAAUGUGUCCGUCAGAUCAAUGGUCAUGUGGCGUUGGACAAUGUAUUGUCGAUCGACUCGGUUUUCAGAAACCACCAAUGAAGAAUCCUGAAUGUAUCAAUCGGCGUGACCAAUAUUUCAUGUGUGAAAUUCAUCACAACAGAACAUUGUGGACAUUACCUAAUGGACGAUGUUAUCCUUCUCAUCAAUAUGAUGAGCAAAAUAUGACGGAGUACAGUUCUUAUGAACGAUGCCAAUAUUUAUUAAAAUGUGCUCUCUCACGAGGAGCAAUGAAGUACUGUCCAUGUGCAAAUAAUGAUUCUUGCAUCACUAAUCUUCUCAAAAGUCAUUGCUCUGGUGAUUAUAUUCAAUACUAG